AAAUUCAUCUAUCAUCCCCAAUCACACCGGGUCUUCUCUUCAGUACCCCUGCAAAGCUGUCGCGAUCUGGUCGUUUCGCUCGCGUCCUCCUCCUCGUCGGCGGCCAUGAUCCAGGCGGUGAUGGUUAUCAGCACUCUGGGCAAGCCCCGCCUCCUCAAGUUCUACAGUUUCCAGGACCCGGAGAAGCACCAGGAGCUGGUCCGCGGCGUCUUCCAGUUGUUAUCUGCGAGGCCGGAGGGUGUGAGCAAUUUCGUCGAGGCCGAUGCAAUCUUUGGACCGGGAACGAGACUGGUCUACAAGCAUUUGGCGACACUAUACUUCGUCUUUGUCUUUGAUAGCUCUGAGAAUGAGCUUGCCAUGCUCGACCUCGUACAAGUUUUUGUUGAAACAUUGAAUAGGUGCUUCAAGAAUGUAUGUGAGCUUGACAUUGUAUUUAACUUCAACAAGCUUCACACAGUUUUGGACGAAAUGAUACUGGGAGGACAAGUGAUUGAAACAAGUUCAGAGCAAAUAAUGAAAUUUGUAGAAGAGAUUGCGAGGUUUUUACUCCCUUCUGCAUUCAACUGCCAUAUCAUUUAUUCACGCGCAUGUGCAAUUUUAUAACAGCGAUGGUUGCUACUUGACACAGGACUGACAGUUUUGGAGACUUGAGCAAAAGAAAUUAAAUUGAUGAUCAUAUCUCCAAUGGUCUUUCAGUUCUCUGAAGUCUUGAGCAUCUGCCAUUCAACAUGAAAACCUAUUGGCUGACGUGCACAUCAUAUUGUCUCCCUCCCCAGAGUUGUAAGUUGUAACCUGAAAUGUGAAGCUGGCAUGCCCAGUCUAUACAGCUGUUAUGUGUAAACUUAUACAGUUGGAGUACUAGUCUAGUUAUGUCGCCCUUAUUAGCGUUUUGUACCUAUUUGAAAUACUGUCCAGCCAAUGACCAAAAAUAUUGGCAACACUUGUGGGCGGAUACAAAUUUGAUGCUAUU